UUAAUCAAAAGAUCAAGAAAUUUAUAACCAUAGGUUUUAUCGGAAACAAUCGGAAGCAUUAUAAUAAUGUGCAAAGAGAGAAGUGCAAACCUCUCAACUGCAGUAUUUAUAAAUGUUAAUAGUUAAACUCUUAUAACUUCUUGGUAGCGAGGAAAGGCGUGCUAUUGUUAAAGGUACAAAUAAUCGAAAGCAUUGUAUAUCAUACUAGCAUGGGACGUAUGUAAUAAAUGAAAUUGCAUGACCUACGCAGGUUGUCCGAACGUAUCGCAACGGCACGCGAGAUCGUUUAUCAGUUGUUAGUUGCUCGCCAAGUGAAGAGUUCAUUAAUGAUAACAUAUAGGACUAGUGCAAGUCAAAUUUAGUCUUUGUAGGUAUUGAACACGUAUAACAUCUUUUUUUCCAGUUCUUUACUAUAAUUGAUCGCAUUCGUUGGCGAAAGAAGACAAUUUUCUGUCGUCUAUUUUAGUAACUAGUUUCCGAGACUCAUUGUGUAAGUGGUUAUUGUUUUAACGAAAGAAAUCGUUUUUCAAUUUUUACGUAAAAUAAAAAACUUAACGUUUAUAGAAGGCAAAUUCAAAAUGAUAUCAGGCAUGAGAAGUUUAAAACAGGCACUGAUGCCUAUCAUAUGGCUUAAUUGUCUAUUUUGCAUGGGAAUAUUCGAAAUACCUGCGAAUCGCCCACGAUUUUUAUUAAGUGCCUUCUACGUCGUCUCGAUGACAAUUGCAUACUUCUCGUUGCUUUAUAAGGGACUUGCCAUGUUUCAGGAAAAGUUCACUUACGACUUAAUUGUAUACUAUUCCGUUUUAAUAAUUAAUAUCUUAGUUGCCACUUUGGCUAUAAUUUUGUUCUGGUGCAAAGCAGAGAAUUUAAAUAGCAUAAUUAAAAGGUUCAGUAUAAUUGACAAUACUAUAGAAGUAUUGGGCAUAAAGAGGGAUUACCAAAGAACUCAUCGCAAUGUUCUAUAUAUUAUGGCUAUAUGGAUAAUAAUCAUGCUGUUAUUGAAUAUCAUGCAUAUAAUAUGGAUGUAUCAAGAUACUAUUUCUCUAGGAUAUUUAGGCAUGUUUUUGACUGAUUUAUGUUUCUGCAUUCCGAUUCUGACAAAUUCAGUAGUAGAUAUCACUUUUGCUUCAUUGAUCAGAUGCCUUCAACUAAAAUUUCAAACUACAAAUGUUUUGAUUAACAAAGUAGUACUUCGUGCAAAUAAAUCAAGUAUCUUUAAGAUCCAUGAUCAACAUACAUCUAUGGCAAUCGUCACAAUAAACUAUGAAAAUCAAAAAGACAAGAUACUACAUCUCAUACAGACGUUGAGACAUACACAUUUAGAAAUUACGAGAAUAGCACAACAAAUUAAUCGUACUUACUGUACGCAACUUUUACUCGAAAUGGCAGUCCAUUUUACUGUAGUAACUGCAUGUAUUUACUGUAUGUAUGGUGCACUUACCGGUCAAUUUCAUGUGAUAGUUCACACUGAAAAACUUAUUGCCAUGAUAGCUUGGGCAUUAAUUUACUCAUUCAAAAUUAUAUUUGUGAACUUUCUUUGUACGAGUGUAUCAGAGGAGGCAUAUAAAACUGGCGAAAUUAUGCAAUCUUUUGAUGGAUUGAACACUGAUGAUGCUAUGAGAGAAGAAAUUACUCAAUUUACACAACAAAUAAUACUUAAUUCCUUAACGUUUACCGCUUCUGGGUUUUUUUCGAUUGAUAAUACUCUUACUGGCAAGUUUUUUGCCACGGUCACGACAUAUGUGGUUAUUCUAAUACAAAUGAACACGCCAUUAUAUGUAGAUGACUAAGAUUGUAGACUAAUGUUACUUAUUGAAUUAAAAACAGUUUAUAAGA